CACCUGCUUCGCUCCUCUCAGCUCAUCAAACUUCGAAUCGAGGUCAACAGUAAAAGGCCAUAAUGGGUAAAGAGAAGGUUCACAUCAACAUCGUGGUCAUUGGCCAUGUCGACUCUGGCAAGUCAACUACAACUGGACACUUGAUUUACAAGCUUGGAGGAAUUGACAAGCGUGUGAUUGAGAGGUUUGAGAAGGAAGCUGCUGAGAUGAACAAGAGAUCAUUCAAAUAUGCUUGGGUGCUCGACAAGCUCAAGGCCGAGCGUGAGCGUGGUAUCACCAUUGAUAUUGCCUUGUGGAAGUUCGAGACCACCAAGUACUACUGCACUGUCAUCGAUGCUCCUGGACAUCGUGACUUUAUCAAGAACAUGAUUACGGGAACCUCCCAGGCUGACUGUGCUGUUCUUAUCAUUGAUUCCACCACCGGUGGUUUUGAGGCUGGUAUCUCCAAGGAUGGCCAGACCCGUGAACAUGCUCUCCUCGCCUUCACCCUCGGUGUGAGGCAAAUGAUUUGCUGCUGUAACAAGAUGGAUGCCACCACCCCCAAGUACUCUAAGGCUAGGUAUGAUGAAAUUGUGAAGGAAGUCUCUUCUUACAUGAAGAAGGUGGGAUACAAUCCUGAGAAGAUUCCUUUUGUCCCCAUCUCUGGAUUUGAGGGAGAUAACAUGAUUGAGAGGUCUACCAACCUUGACUGGUACAAGGGCCCAACAUUGCUUGACGCCCUCGACAUGAUUAAUGAGCCCAAGAGACCAUCUGACAAGCCCCUCCGUCUCCCACUUCAGGACGUGUAUAAGAUUGGUGGUAUCGGAACUGUCCCUGUUGGUCGUGUUGAGACUGGUGUUGUCAAGCCUGGUAUGGUUGUCACUUUUGGUCCCACUGGGUUGACCACCGAAGUUAAGUCUGUUGAGAUGCACCAUGAGGCUCUCCAAGAGGCUCUUCCUGGUGACAACGUUGGAUUUAACGUGAAGAAUGUUGCUGUUAAGGAUCUCAAGCGUGGCUUCGUUGCAUCCAACUCAAAGGACGAUCCCGCCAAGGAAGCAGCCAAUUUCACCUCCCAAGUUAUUAUCAUGAACCACCCUGGACAAAUUGGAAAUGGUUAUGCUCCCGUGCUUGACUGCCACACCUCCCAUAUCGCUGUCAAGUUUGCUGAGAUUUUGACCAAGAUCGACAGGCGAUCAGGUAAGGAGCUUGAGAAGGAGCCGAAGUUCUUGAAGAACGGUGAUGCUGGGAUGGUGAAGAUGAUUCCCACCAAGCCCAUGGUUGUCGAGACUUUCUCCGAGUAUCCUCCGCUUGGUCGUUUUGCCGUGAGGGACAUGCGCCAGACGGUUGCUGUUGGUGUCAUCAAGAGUGUCGAGAAGAAGGAUCCUUCUGGUGCCAAGGUCACAAAGUCUGCUGCCAAGAAGGGUGGCAAAUGAAAGAAGCCUAUGUAGCAUGAAGCUUUUAGUGUCCGUGGAGAAACCUGUGUGAACUCUCUAUCUGAACUCCUUUUCCUUUUAGUAGUUGUUUUUCUUGCUUUUGUUUUUUGUUUUCGCGGCAGCUGACAUCAAGUGUUUGCUAGUAUCUCCAACUAAUUCCCCUUGUAGGAAGGUGGUAGAGAAGGUAGCAAGAGCUUUGCUUGUUUUUGGUGUGUGUGUAGUUUUGAAGGCGAGACUGUUUUGUGAUGCAGUAAUGCUUUGGUUCCAAUUGCCUUG